CCUCUCGCGAGAUUAUGCAGUCAAGUAGCGUGAGCGCGCGUUGUGUGUGCGCAGCCGGUCGGGGCCUGCAGCCGUCUGAGUGUCAGUGAGAGAGCAGCAGGCAAAGAGUGGGAGGGAGAAGGGUGUGGGCCCCCGGAGCAGAGUAGGAGCUACGCCGACGACUCUUGUCACUCGAACACCGGAGUGGUGGUUGGGACCAAGAAGCAUAAGGGAUAGGAAGGUGCCCGGGGCUGGGAGGGGGGAGGGAAUGAAGAUGGCGGACGCCAAGCAGAAGAGGAACGAGCAGCUGAAGCGCUGGAUCGGCUCAGAGACUGACCUGGAGCCGCACGUCAUCAAGAGAAAGAAGACUAAGGUGAAGUUCGAUGAUGGCGCUGUCUUUCUGGCCGCUUGUUCCAGCGGGGACACAGACGAGGUUCUCAAGUUGCUUGACCGUGGAGCUGACAUCAACUACGCCAAUGUGGACGGGCUCACUGCGCUGCACCAGGCCUGCAUUGAUGAUAACAUAGAUAUGGUCAAAUUUCUUGUGGAACAUGGAGCCGGUAUAAAUCAACCAGAUAAUGAAGGCUGGAUACCACUACAUGCUGCUUCAUCCUGUGGAUACCUUGACAUAGCAGAGUAUUUAAUUAGUAAAGGAGCCAGCGUAGGAGUAGUAAAUAGUGAAGGUGAUACUCCACUGGAUAUUGCAGAGGAAGAAGCCAUGGAGGAUCUCCUUCAAAAUGAAGUUAAUCGUCAAGGUAUCGAUGUUGAGGCCGCUAGGAAAGAAGAGGAAAGGAUAAUGCUUCGAGAUGCAAGACAAUGGCUAAACAGUGGGCAAAUAAAUGAUAUCCGGCAUUCAAAAUCUGGAGGUACAGCACUUCAUGUAGCUGCAGCUAAAGGUUAUACAGAAGUGUUAAAACUUUUACUUCAGGCAGGAUAUGAUGUUAAUGUAAAAGAUUUUGACGGCUGGACUCCACUACAUGCAGCAGCUCACUGGGGUAAAGAAGAAGCUUGUAAAAUCCUUGUAGAAAAUUUUUGCAACGUUGAGGCUGUCAACAAAGUGGGUCAAACUGCAUUGGAUGUUGCAGAUGAAGAUAUCUUAAGCUAUUUGGAAGAACUCCAAAAGAAGCAAAAUCUGCUGCUUAGUGAAAAACAGGAAAAGAAGUCACCAUUAAUUGAAUCUUCAACUACCGAAAACAAUCAGUCCUUGAAAACGCUAAAAAAUAAAGAAACCCUAAUUAUUGAGCAAGAGAAGACUGUGUCAGCUAUUGAUUCUCUUGAAGAAGAGAAGGCUGAUGAGGAAGAUGAAGGCAAAAAAGAUGAAUCAAGUUGUUCUAGUGAGGAAGAGGAGGAGGAAGAUUCAGAGUCUGAAGCAGAGACAGACAAAACGAAAUCUUUGUCAUCUGUGAACAGCAUAAACAGUAACAGUAUACCACAGGCAAGUGUUACUGCAGUGUCAUCUACAGUGCAUUCUGGGCAAGUCACACCUACAUCACCAGUCAAAAAGUAUGAAUUCAUUGCACCUUUUAUGCCAGUGGUGGAAACCAUGCAUCCUACAUCAUGGAGACAGGGCUUGCGCAAAACUGGCAUUGUACUUGUACCAAGUAAAGGUGACAAGUCUCUGUUUCCAACUCCACCAGGCAAAACUUCUCCAAAAGAAGAAGACAGAAAAGAUGAAUCUCCGGCCUCCUGGAGACUAGGUCUUCGUAAGACUGGAAGCUAUGGUGCAUUAUCUGAAAUUACAGCUUCAAAAGAGGCACAAAAAGAGAGAGAUUUCACUGGUGUUAUGCGCUCCGCUUCAAGCCCAAGACUUUCCUCCACCCUAGACAACAAAGAAAAGGAAAAAGAUGGUAGAGGAGCCAGACUUGCAUAUGUUGCUCCAACCAUUCCAAGGCGUCUUGCAAGUACUUCAGAUAUUGAAGAAAAAGAAAAUAGAGACUCAUCUUUGGGCUUUUUACGUGGCAGUAGCUCUUAUACAAGAAGAAAAUGGGAUGAGGACUUCAAGAAAAAUACUUCUGUUAAUGAACUACUAAACACUAGUUAUCAGAGAAGCUCCUCAUUUGGUCGGCGACAAGAUGAUCUUGUUUCAAGUAUACCUCCAGGGUCUACAGCAACUGUUACCUCUAGUGGACUUGCCCGAAGUUACUCUAGCACUAUUAAUAGUGGCAGAUCUACAGUGAGCUCUUCUUCAGGCUUACCUAGCAGUACCUCAAAUCGUUUUUGGGCAGAUGAUAGUUCUGAGAAGGAUAAGGACACUGUCUCUACUGCAGUCACCAUCCCUGUUGCACCAACCAUUUUAAAUACCACUUCUACUUCUACAACAAUGACCACAACCUCUACUGGUACUGUCCCUUCCUCAGCAGAAGUCAGAGAAAGACGAAGGUCAUACCUCACUCCAGUUCGUGAUGAGGAGUCUGAAUCCCAAAGAAAGGCUAGGUCAAGGCAAGCCAGGCAAUCAAGAAGAUCUACACAGGGUGUUACAUUAACUGACCUGCAAGAGGCAGAAAAAACGAUUGGCAGAAAUCGCCCAACGACUAGAGAGCAAGAGAAUGAAGAGAAAGAGAAACAGGAUAAAGAAAAACAAGAAGACAAGAAAGAAUUUGAAAAUAGAAAUGAUGACUUCAGGCAAAGAUAUGCACGUAGUACAGAAGAGACUAUCCAACGAUAUAGGCCAUCAUUUACUACUCCAUCAACGAUUUCCCUGUCCUCUUCCAGUAGUUCAAUUUAUACAUCAAGUCAAUUGAACCGACCGAAUAGCCUAACUGGUAUAUCUUCUUCCUACUCCAAUUUGUCGAGGCUUUCAUCAAAAGAUCCUUUGAAAGACAAGCUGGAUGGAGAAAAGAAAGAAGAGGAUAAAGAAUCUGAAGAUAAAUCUCAGCCUAAAUCCAUCAGAGAAAGGAGGCGACCUAGAGAAAAGAGAAGGUCUACAGGUGUUUCAUAUUGGACCCAGGAUAGUGAUGAAAAUGAGCAAGAUCAUCAGUCUGACACAGACGAGGGCACAAACAAGAAAGAGAAUCAGACUGACUCAUUCUCAAGGUACACAACUGGUCUGUCUUCUGCAAUAUCGACAGACCGAUAUGAUCCAGUUAUUGGCCAGUCUGGAAUUUCUAGUUACUUAGAAAGUAGAAGACUUCUCAGUAGGCUAGACAGAGAAGAUUCAACAGAUUAUAAAAAGUUAUAUGAACAAAUCAUAGCAGAAAAUGAAAAACUAAAAGCCCAGUUGCAUGAUACCAAUCUGGAACUGACAGAACUAAAGCUGCAACUUGAAAAGGCAACUCAGCGACAAGAACGAUUUGCAGACCGAUCGCUGUUAGAGAUUGAAAAAAGGGAAAGAAGAGCUCUAGAAAGACGGAUAUCUGAAAUGGAAGAAGAACUUAAAAUGUUACCUGACUUAAAAGCAGACAACCAGAGGCUAAAGGAUGAAAAUGGGGCCUUAAUCAGAGUUAUAAGCAAACUUUCCAAAUAGUCGAAGGUUCACUGCAGCAGCGAUUUAAUGAAAUUGCACAUAUACAGUUCCAGUGGACCUUAAUGUGGCAGUCACUGGAUAUUUGGGAGAAUAUUCCUUGGCAACAAUAACGCAGAAAUCCUGCCAAACUCCCUCUUACCUGUAUUUAGCCCAUUUUGUACAAAAUAAAAAGCAAAAAUAAAAACACUUUUGUAUUAAAGCGCAGCUGCUCAGAAGAGAAUGACUAUGACUUCUUGUUUACAGAUACAACGUGCAAGGAAAGUGUUCAAGGCCAGAUGCCUCCAAUAUUUAACCAGUAAGCCUUAGUUGUACAUAGACUUUUCGCAAUCAAAACGCUUUCUGCUAUCACAGAAGACAGUUAACUUUUUUUUUGUGCCACGCAUUUUUUCUUUCACCCAUACACACUUUUUAUUUUUAUAGAUGUUUGUUGAGCUUUUAACUUAUCCCGUCAAUGAGUGUGCCAGUGUUUUUCCUAUGACACUGUUGUGACAGCUUAUUGGUUUCCGGUAGCUACCCAUGUUACAGUUAACCUGAAGCUUACUAGGACGCUAGCCUUCCGUUGUUCACUUUGGCUACUCAGAUGUUAGGUCGUCAGUUGCAUUAUUUGUGCAAUAUGCAUAAUUUCAGUGUAUAAAGCUAGCACUGUAUUUUCCUUCUAACAGUCACUGUUUUAAAACCAAUUCUAUAAAGUACUUAUUUCUUUCGCACUCAUUUUAGCAGGUACUGAGUGACUUUGUGUGUAUGUGUGUGUGUGUAUGUGUGUACAUAUAAAUAUAUAUAUAUAUAUAAAUAUUUGUGCGCUUGCAUAUAUAUAUAUAACUAUAUAUAGAUAUACAAGCCUGUAUCUAUAUAUAAGUUAAGAUACUGUAUUGUGUCCAAACCACUGUGUGGCAUGCUCAGAUCAACUUUACGCCAUGUCUGUUACUCCAGAUUAGAUUGUUCCUGAAUUGUAAUCUUAAUAAAGUUCAGUAAUUUUAUGGUAUAUUGUCUAUUUUAUGGAGGUGUGACUUUAGAGAUAUAUAUGUAAAAUAUUCUGGUUUGCUAUUUUUAUUUUAAGUCACCAUUAUUAAAAAUAUUACUGUUCACUACAUUUCAUAUUUCUUUGAGUGCUGUCAUUUGUGCUAGCCAAGUAUUGUCACCCAGUGUAUCUCCCAUAUCCAUUCUGUUCCCCCUAAUAUGCACUGUUGCCAGACCAAGGCUUGUGAACCGCCAGCGCUACGGAGCCUGCUUGUUAAUACCAACAGCAUCUUUGUUUGUACAUUUCAGUGGCCUUUUUGCAGAAAGUGACAGAUAUUCUAUAAAUAUUUGUGUAUACAGCAGAGCAAUUGUUUUUGUUAGAUGGCUUUUUCUAUUUGCGCCAGUCCAUGAAAAGUGAUAAGUAUAUUAUUGGCAAACGAGCUAUCUAAUCUACUGAAUCAGCAUCGCCAUGAAUUUGAACCUGUAAAUUGUAUAGCUGUUGUACUGUCAAUUAUAAUGUAAACAAUAUUAAAUGUGAAUUUGUACCCCUCUCAUUUUAAAGAAAAAAAAAGGUCAUUGUGAUUUACUGCCUAUUUUUGUGGGAUUAGUUUUUGGUAAAUCCAAACUUGAUGUCCUGUUCAGUUCCGCUGUUUCAUGGAGAUGCACAGCCUCGCUCUUGCUCCCAACCUCAGGAUUCUUUCUUUCUUUUAAAGGUACAAAACUAGUCGUGGAUUUUUGUUUUAGCCAUUCAAUAUGUAUGUGGGACGUAUGGGGUCUGUAUAAAGCAAUGCAAAGGGAAAUAAGCGUACAGCCAAUUCCAAGAUUUGCAAGACAAUAUGUAAAAAAAGCUAUUAUGGAUUAUAUUUGGGAAAGCUUGGGUGUCUGAAGAAUGAUGAACUGUUUCUGACUUAGUAUUUUAUUUUUAGGUUAUUUAUUCUUUAUAUAAAACAGGGUGGUUACUGUGUAUCUAUGGUUUUAUUGGCAGUACAGAGAAAGCUUUUGCAUCUGCAUGAAACUAGUUUUGAACCUUUUUUUUUCUUGGAGAAAAAUGUAUUUUGACAUAUACAAAUAAAAAUAAAUUAAACUAUUUUUAAUGUGUGCAUCGCCAUGUCAAGGGGUAUUACUAAUUGUAUUCCAGCCUUUCUUUCUGCAUUGUUGGGCAUUAUAAUGUCAGUAGUUGGUAGAAAUCUAACGCAAAAAAUGUCUCUGCACAUUGAAUUUGCAUGUCAUACACUGCUUGUGAAAUAAAGGACAACGUCAAAAUA